CACUGCAGUUGGUUAUGGUUAGUACAUCAAAAAAUUGAUGUUUUAUCGUUGGUUAAAUCAGCGUUGAUUCGUAAUAAAACCGUUGGAUUGUUUUAAAUCGUAUUUUCGCCGAAACAUUGUAGUGCAUCAGAAUUGUUUCAUUGUGAACUUUCAGAUCAACAAAAAUGCUGCCUAAGAAAAAUGUGCCAAAUAUGAAUCAGGGUUGCAUGUUUUUGUGCCUUGUCAGUAUAGCCCUUCAAAUCAACCGAGUUAUCUUGGAGAACAAUGAAACCAAAACGGAAGAAGCUGAGCUCAAUCCAGCUGCGGCGAACAGGAAGCUGUUCGUGUUGGUGCUGGAUGGCCUGUUGCCAAGUGUGACUCAGUCGGACUCCUCCCAGGACCAGCUGGACUCCCUGGGCGCCUCCUUCCCCCUCUCACUCUCCUCAGUGUUCCCACCCCUCACCCUCCCUUCCACUGCAUCUCUCCUAACAGGUCUGCAACCUCAUCAGCACAACUUCAUCGACAACUUCCUCUAUGACUCAGAGGCCAAACUGUCCUUCUCUUACAACACAGACGACGCUGAAGGAGAGAUAGACAUGUCGACCCAGUGGUGGACUCACUUCCAUCCCAUAUGGACUCAUCUGGCCAAAACUGGAGAGAAAAAUGUGACAGUGUACGGCUCCAACCUGUGCAAGCCCCUGGACAACCUCGAAUGUGUGAAGACAUUCGCCCUGUCCAAUGCAUCCUUGGAAGCUGCGAUGAAAGACUCAAUUAAGAAAGAGACCAAUGUCGUGUUCAUGUUCGACCAAUUCAUUCCCGAAAACGAGUUCGAAUUAAAAUCCGAUUACACAGAGGUGCUAGCGACGGCCAAACAUCAUCUGUUCCAACACUGCCAACAUAUGAAGUCUCUGGCCAAAGAAUUAGAUCUUGAAGACUUCAAUGUAAUAGUGACUGGCAACAGAGCUAGGACAGCAGACAACUUCUACUUCGUCAACCUCUACGACGACGUCUUGUCCAAGUCGGCCGGCAAUGUGUUCAAUGACGUCAGCUUCAUGCCUCCUCGGAUCCAGUCUCAGUACUUUUCACUCUACAGCGAUAAGAACGCAUCGUAUCUGAUCUCUGAGCUGGAGCAAGUGACGACUGAGCUGAAGGUGUACAGCACGGAGGAGUUGGACAUGAGAGUGGGGAGCAGACUGAGUGAGUCACUCUACCCUCCACAGGCACUCAUAGUCGCAGACCAUCACUUCGUCAUGGCCACACAGGCUAGAGAACCCAUGUACGCGUUGCUGGAUGGAGUGGAUUUGAACUCGCAGUCAUACGCAAAUACUGCCCUGCUUGCCUUUGGAACAGAAUUCGUGGCUCAGCCCAUUCCAGUGUCUGGCUCCAUAACUGACGUGUUCUUCCUCAUCUGUGACGUCAUGCAAGUGGAUCCCUCCUCGGAGGAUCAGCCACAGACUCAAAGUGGAGACGGAUACGCCCUGGCGGGAAUGUUGAAGCGGAACCCACAGACUAGCAAGCCACUGCACCCCUUUGUGGUGAUAGCAGUCGCAUCAGUCAUCUGUCUGUCUUUCCUCUCAAUGGUCGUCUUUCUCAUCAUCAGAAAACAGAGAAUUGAGUCACAAUAUACGGUACCCAAAAGAAGUUCCAGUGAUAUCGAAUUACAUGACAUUAACACUUGAAUUUUCUCCAGAUUAUAGAUAAAAACAAUAACUCUAUCAUUUACCAUUUUGCUGUGUUCUAUUGUAAAUAAACUGAUUAGAUGUACAAAUUGAUUUCCAAUUUAAUUUGCUAUAAGA